AUGAGUUCCCACCAGCAGAAGCAACCCUGCACCGCUCCCCCCCAGCCUCAGCAGCAGCAGGUGAAACAGCCCUGCCAGCCUCCACCCCAGGAACAAUGUGCCCCCAAAACCAAGGAGCCAUGCCACCCCAAGGAUCCAGAGCCCUGCCACCCCAAAGCUCCUGAGCCCUGCCACCCCAAGGCUCCAGAGCCCUGCCACCCCAAAGCUCCUGAGCCCUGCCACCCCAAGAUUCCUGAGCCAUGUCUCCCAACGGUCACUCCAGCGCCAGCUCAGCAGAAGACCAAGCAGAAGUAA